CUUCUGCGCUCUGCAACCCAAAGGGAGUUGACAGAGCAGGGCCGUGGAGGAUGGGACACCCUCUCUGGAAGCCGGGGCGCUCGCCAAGGGAGCGCGUCCACCCGGGGUGACAAACAGCAUGUUUGGUGCUUCAAGGAAGAAGUUUGUAGAGGGGGUUGAUGGUGACUACCAUGAUGAGAACAUGUACUACAGCCAAUCAUCAAUGUUCCCACAUCGGUCAGAAAAAGAUAUGCUGGCAUCACCAUCAACAUCAGGUCAGCUGUCUCAGUUUGGGGCAAGUUUAUACGGGCAACAAAGUGCACUAGGCCUUCCAAUGAGGGGAAUGAGCAACAAUACCCCUCAGUUAAAUCGCAGCUUAUCACAAGGCACUCAGUUACCGAGCCACGUAACGCCAACAACAGGGGUACCAACAAUGUCACUUCACACGCCUCCAUCUCCGAGCAGGGGGAUAUUGCCUAUGAAUCCUAGGAAUAUGAUGAACCACUCCCAGGUUGGUCAGGGCAUUGGAAUUCCCAGCAGGACAAACAGCAUGAGCAGUUCAGGGUUAGGCAGCCCUAACAGAAGCUCUCCAAGCAUAAUAUGUAUGCCAAAGCAGCAACCCUCUCGACAACCUUUUACUGUGAACAGUAUGUCUGGAUUUGGGAUGAACAGAAAUCAGGCAUUUGGAAUGAAUAACUCCUUAUCAAGUAACAUUUUUAAUGGAACAGAUGGAAGUGAAAAUGUGACAGGACUGGACCUCUCAGAUUUUCCAGCACUAGCAGACAGAAACAGAAGGGAAGGAAGUGGCAAUCCAACUCCAUUAAUAAACCCUUUAGCUGGAAGGGCACCCUAUGUUGGAAUGGUAACAAAACCAGCAAGUGAGCAGUCCCAGGACUUUUCAAUACACAAUGAAGAUUUUCCAGCAUUACCAGGCUCCAGCUACAAAGAUCCAACAUCUAGUAAUGAUGACAAUAAAUCUAAUUUGAGUACAUCAGGCAAAACAUCAUCCAGCACAGAUGGGCCCAAGUUUCCUGGAGAUAAAAGUUCGACUACGCAAAACAACAACCAGCAGAAAAAAGGGAUCCAGGUGUUACCUGAUGGCCGGGUUACCAACAUUCCUCAAGGGAUGGUGACGGACCAGUUUGGAAUGAUUGGCUUGUUAACAUUCAUCAGGGCAGCAGAGACAGAUCCAGGAAUGGUACAUCUUGCAUUAGGAAGUGAUUUAACAACAUUAGGUCUCAAUCUCAACUCUCCUGAAAAUCUUUAUCCCAAAUUUGCAUCCCCAUGGGCAUCGUCACCUUGUCGACCUCAAGACAUAGGUAAGAGAGAAAUAACUAUUAAAUUCAAUCUUACUAUUUGCAAAUUAUAUAAAUUUACAUGUCUUAAUAGUUGCAUCAAUUCCGAUUCUUUUUUAGACUUCCAUGUUCCAUCUGAAUACUUAACUAACAUUCACAUUAGGGAUAAGCUGGCUGCAAUAAAACUUGGCCGAUAUGGAGAAGAUCUCCUGUUUUAUCUCUAUUACAUGAAUGGAGGAGAUGUAUUACAGCUAUUAGCAGCAGUAGAGCUAUUUAAUCGGGAUUGGAGAUACCACAAAGAAGAACGAGUAUGGAUCACCAGGGCACCCGGCAUGGAGCCAACAAUGAAAACCAAUACGUACGAGAGGGGAACAUAUUACUUCUUUGACUGUCUUAACUGGAGGAAAGUAGCUAAGGAGUUCCACCUGGAAUAUGACAAAUUAGAAGAAAGGCCUCAUCUGCCAUCAACCUUCAACUACAACCCUGCUCAGCAAGCCUUCUAAAGACUUCCCUUUUCUUGGGGUAUGGCUGUCUCAGCACAAUACUCAACAUAACUGCAGAACUGAUGUGGCUCAGGCAUCCUGGUUUUAAUUCCUUGAGGAUCUGGCAAUUGGCUCAUGCGAAGGGUCACCAUUUGAGGUCCUGCCUUACUAAUUAUGUGCUGCCCAACAACUAAAUUUGUAAUUGUUUUUCUUUAGUUUGAGCAGGGUCUGAAUUUUUGUUUGUUUUCUUUUUUGCCAGCAGACAAGCUUGGGUCUGUAAAGACAAGCGAGUACACUGACAAAAGUUUACCACUUAGUUUUCCAAAAUGUAAAAACAAAAAAAAAGAAAAAAGACAAAAAAUUAGACAACAAAAUUUGCAUUGUUCAUUGUAGCACUAUUGGUAAUAAAAAAUGUUUGUGCAUUUUUAUGUGAAGAUCCUUCUCGUAUUUCAUUUGGAAAGAUGAGCAAGGUUUGCUUCCUUCAUUUUACUUCCCCUUCUGUCUUUGAAAGGCAGUUUUCGCCAAGCUUAAUGCAAGAAUAUCUGACUGUUUAGAAGAAAGAUAUUGCCACAGUCUCUGGUUAGUUUCCAGGGUUGUGUAUUACUGAGCUUCAUCUUUCCAGAAUGAGCAAAACACUGUCCAGUCUUUGUUACGAUUUUGUAAUAAAUGUGUACAUUUUUUUUAAAUUUUUGGACAUCACAUGAAUAAAGGUAUGUAUGUACGAAUGUGUAUAUAUUAUAUAUAUGACAUCUAUUUUGGAAAAUGUUUGCCCUGCUGUACCUCAUUUUUAGGAGGUGUGCAUGGAUGCAAUAUAUGAAAACGGGACAUUCUGGAACUGCUGGUCAGGGGACUACUUUGUCGCCCUGUGCACUAAAGGGCCAGAUUUUCAGCAGCCAAGGACAUCCAUACCCAAGUGAAUGUGAUGGGACUUAAAGAAGUGAACUGAGACAAUUCACUCUGGCUGUUUGAACAGCAGCGUUUCAUAGGAAGAGAAAAAAAAAAGAUCAAUCUUGUAUUUUCUGACCACAUAAAGGCUUCUUCUCUUUGUAAUAAAGUAGAAAAGCUCUCCUCA